AUGGACAGUUCCAUUUGCCAGUGUGAGACAGCAUUCAGUACCAUUGACAGUUCCAUUUACCUGUGUGGGAUAGUAACGAUAGACCUGGAGUUGCGGGACGAUCCAGAGCCUCACGAGUCUCUCCUGGACCAUUGCAAGAAAACCAUCCAGCACAGCGUCAAAACGGGUCACCCGAUGUUCCUGAAUCAGCUAUACCAGGGGAUGGACCCGUACGGACUGGCGGGACAAUUUGUCAGCGACUCCCUCAAUACCAACCUGCAUACCUUUGAAGCGGCGCCCGUCUUCGUGCUGAUGGAACAGGAAGUGGUCAGGAAGGUCUGCAGCCUGAUUGGCUGGCCCGCGGGAGAUGGCCUUAUGGGUGCAGGCGGUUCUAUGCUGAAUAUGUUCGGUAUCAACCUGGCCAGACACAAGUACUUUCCCGACCUGAAGAAGACCGGGAUGCACGGUGGGCCGAGACUGGUGCUCCUCACGUCAGCCGAGAGCCACUACUCCAUGACGAAGGGCGCGGGGUUUCUUGGGAUCGGAACUGACAACGUCAUCAAGGUCAAGUGUGACGAAAGGGGGCAGAUGUUACCGGAGGAACUGGAUAAAGCGAUCGAAGACGCCAAAUCUCAGGGUUCCGUGCCGUUCUGUGUGAACGCCACCAGCGGCACCACGGUUACCGGAGGGUACGACCCGCUGGGCGCCAUCGCAGACGUCUGUCAGAAGCACCGGCUCUGGCUGCACGUGGAUGCUGCCUGGGGAGGCUCCGUGCUGACCUCGCGGAAACACCGAGGGCUGAUGGCGGGGGUGGAGCGGGCGGACUCGCUGCUGUGGAACCCGCACAAGAUGCUGUCCCUCCCGCUGCAGUGCUCAGUUUUCGUCACCAGGGAACAGGGCCUCCUGAAAGCAGCCCACGCGUCCGGCGCCACCUAUUUGUUCCAGAAGGACAAGAUUUCCUACGACGCCAGCUAUGACGUCGGUGACAAGAGCAUACAGUGCGGCAGGAAGACGGACCCGAUGAAGUUCUGGCUCUCCUGGAAGGCACACGGCACCAGGGGUUUCGAACAACACGUGGACUACGUCUUUGAGCUGGCACAGUACCUGUAUGACAAGCUGAUCAGUAGGAAAGACUUUAAGAUGGUGCUUCCAGGGCCCAACUGCACGAACGUGUGUUUUUGGUACAUACCACCUAGCCUGCAGGGGAUGCCAGAGGGACCAGAAUUUACUAAGAAACUGGAUCAGGUGGCACCAGUCAUCAAGGACCGUAUGACCAAAAAUGGCAAUAUGAUGGUCCAGUACCAGCCGCUAGAUGGCGUGCCUAACUUCUUCCGCCUAGUUCUGGCCAAUACCGAGACGACACGUCAGGACCUCGACUUCUUCGUGGAGGAAAUCGAACGUCUUGGGGCGGACCUGUAG